GAUCUAGAAAUACUCAUGAUACUUUCAUGUCACACCCUAUGUCUAGUCUGUAGUGACUGGACUGUGGGAAAUUCGGGUGAGCAGAGAGGCUCAACUACAACACUGGAUUUCAGCACGACCCAGCUCCCUUUUGACCGCACAGAUACAGCCGACAGGCCAUCGCACGAUGCUGACAGCCUGCACUGUUGUGUUUUUUUUUCCAAACAAGCCACGAGUAGCACGGGGGUCAACAGGUGCGUGGUCGCCAGUGGGGAGAGACCAAGCCGGAGGCUUCACCUGGACGCCGGCUCCCUUCACCACCGCCGCCGCCCGGCCCCAAACCCGCAACCACGGGGGCGAGGGCGGUGCCUGCAGACCGCCGCUGCCCGGGGGAGGGGAUGGCGGGCGGGCAGGGCGCUCCCCGCCGCCUCCCUCCCGCCUACACGGCGCGGCGGCGGCGCGGGCAGCAUGUGGGCAGCGGCCCCUCUCCUCCUCCUCCUGUUGCUGCUGCUGCUGGCGCGGCUGCGACGGAGCGGGGCGGUGCCGCUGGAGCCGGCCGGCCGGGCCGUGCUCAUCACCGGCUGCGACAGCGGCUUCGGGCACCUGCUGGCGCUCCGCCUCCACCGGCUCGGCUUCACCGUUUUCGCCGGCUGCCUGUGCCCCGGCGGCGAGGGGGCGCGGCGGCUGCAGCGCGAAGCGGGUGGCGGCCGCCUGCGCGUCCUGCGACUCGAUGUCACCCGCGCCGGGGACGUGCUGGCGGCCAAGGAGCUGGUGCUCAGCCACCUGCCCGAGCGAGGUUUCUGGGGGCUUGUCAACAAUGCAGGAAUAUCAACAUUUGGUGAGACAGGGUGGCUGUCUAUGGAGAAAUAUGAAAAAUUUGCAGAUGUGAAUCUCCUUGGGAGCAUCAGGACAACUCUGGCAUUUCUUCCUCUUCUAAGGAAAUACAAGGGACGCAUUGUUUUCAUGUCCAGCAUUAUUGCCUAUUUUUCUCUGGGAAAUGGCAUUUAUUCUAUGACCAAGGCAGCUAUUGAGAGAUUCUGUGAUGCUCUAAGACUGGAAAUGAAGAAGUUCGGUGUUCGGGUCUGUAUUAUUCAGCCAGGAAAUUAUGCACGCUCUACAAAAAUUCAGCCACCAAUCAGUGCCGAAGAGAUUUGGAAUGACCUCAGUGAAGAAGAAAAGGCAGUUUACAAUAAGGAAUACGUUCAAGAGCGGGCAAACUUCUUCAACAGCAUUCUCAGUGAAGGAAGCACUAAUGGCAAUGAGGUUGUAGAUGCUAUGGUAGAUGCUUUAACAUCUCCUGCACCGAAGGCACGUUACAUGGUAGCAAAGCUAAAGGAAAAAGCACUGGUGUUUGUGUGUGCUUUAUUCCCAACUGUUGUGAUGGAUUACUUUAUGUCUUAUGCUCUGAGUAAAGUAAAACUUGCAUAGCCUACAUUGGUACUGUUCAGUGAUUCAGGCCGGGCAGUUUUUCAAAAUGUGAAAGCCAGGGCUCAAUCUAACACCCCCAGAAAUCAGUAGAGUGGCACCAGUUAACUGAUACAAACUUCAGAUGGUGUCCCUAAUCAGAAAUGUCACUUUUUCAUUGGGAGAAGCAUAUAAGACUCCAUGUAAAAUUAACACAUUUUUCUAGGUAACUUUAUUUCUCCCAUGUGGAAAGAAAAACACAUACAUCCACUUAUGCUGCUUUAUGUAUUGCCUAGAAAAUUUAAUGCAUCUUUUUCUAAUGCAAUACCAGGUUACUGUGUUGCAGACACGACAAAGUGGAGCAUAUCCUACCGGGCCGUGCCCUACCUGAAAUCAUUACAGCAGACAUGAAAAUACCUUAUUUGUAGGAACCCAAGUAGUAUGUUAUUAUUAAUUUGUUGAGAUGUUAAUGGAAAAGUUAGGAAUGAGCACUAGACCUUUAAAUACUUUAAAUAGAGUUAAGUGGCUGCAGAAAGCUAGGAAGAGUUGGACAAUAAAGUUGUAAUACGGAAGCAAGGUCUUGGCUAACUACAGUUCAGCACUUUUUCAGGUGUUCUGGAUGGAUCUGUAACAAAGCCAGUAUGUCAUGGACUUUGGAAAAUAAGUAGCAUAUUCCAUUUACAAAUUAAUAUUCCAUUCUAAAUAAACUCUAUCUUUUAUCUAA